CAGCAGUUACACAGCAACUAAAGAAAUGCUAUUUUUCAAAAAAAAAAACAAAACAAAAAUGUGCCUGUCAAACUUUCCAACAAUCAGCUGGAGAGUUUCAUUUUUCAGAUUUCUUUUUGAAAUAUGAAAUAGGCCAACAGAAAGAAAAAAAAUGCGGAGGAAAACAACAGCCAGAAAAGCCUCGGAGCGGGGCGCACAGGGAAACGCUAACAACAACAUUACAGCAAGAGGAAAUACACCGUUGAGGCUGGUGAAACGAACAGGCAGACCCACUAAAACUCCGACUGGGAAAGGCCUCGGAAAAGCAGGAGCCAAACGCUUGGGCCGGCUACUGAAACGGGCCAUCCAGCACCGGGAGGAGCCCGCAGGGAGGGGACAGGCCUCUCUGCCCAAGACUCCCGUUCGCCUUUUCAAGCAUCAGAUUUUAACUGAGGCUGACAAUGCACCCAAGACAAACACUGCACAAACAAAGUCAGCCUCACAUCACGUCUCCCAGCUCAUCCUCAGCGUGGUUUCCCACUGCAAACACCGAGGUGGCAUCUCUAUGGCGGAGCUCAAGCAGACGCUGGCUGCUGGAGGCUACGAUGUCACCAAGAACAACGGGCGGGUGAAUGUGGUGACCAGAAGGCUGGUUAAUAAUGAGACAAUUGUACAAACUACAAGAAAUGCAUCGUUCAGGCUGAACAGAAGGAUGAAGGCAGACACAAUGUGUGUAAGGAUUAGCACUGUGAAAUCCCCAAAACCAAAAAGCGAUCCGAAGCAGAGCAAAACAGCCAGCAAAUCCCCCAAAGGACUAGAAAAGUCAGAGAGACGAUCCAUAAAGACUCCUAAAUCAAGAAGGAUAUCACACAAACCAAAAGGCAAGACGAGCAGACGAGCAGCCAAAUCACACAAACCAAGAGGUAACACUUGCAAACCGGCAGGCAAAUCACAAAAGCUAACAAGCAAGACUCACAAACCAGCCGGCACAUUGCACAAAUCAAGAAGGAAGACACCGAAAAGGAGAAGAAAAUCGCUACAGCCAGCCGGGAAGAAACGCAGAUCUUCAGCAAACCCAGCCGCACGGGUUCAAAUGGGCCCACUGAAGGUUCAAAAGACUCGGAGACGUCAACCUAAGCGAAACCGACAUCCAUAUAAAUCCUCCCAGAAAAGACAACCACCAAGACGGAGACUUCCUUAAACAAGAUCAAGAUUAAGAGCACAGCAACGUCAGUUUGCCAGGAGAAAGGCUUACUAUUAUUAGAGUGUGUAAUUAAUGGCUAGGAGUAAUAAACUGAAAUCU